GUCCCUAUUCCCUUUGAAUUCUAUUUCACAUAACAUCAUCAUUAAAUUUUAGACUUUAAUAAUAUAGAUUUAAACCAUAGUUUUGAGUAUAAUUACAAACGUCAGAAAAUCAUUACACGUCAGUGCCGCUUCGGCGCGGCUUAACCAAAAAAACAAAGUUCAAGUUGUACAUAAAGUGUAUUUUCUAAUAUAAUUCAGUGCAUAAAUCGCAUCUUGUAACGAAAGCCUCUCGGUUAAGUGAAAGAACGUUCCGAGGAUGAGUUUGUCAGGAUAUAAACAAUUUAUAGAACCGAACGAUACUGUGAUUUUGUAUCUCUGCAAUAACCUCCAUGCUGUUCUGGUGCAAGAGAAAAUAAGAAACAAGAACGGAAUACUGGUGGAAAAUGUCUACCAGACGCCCUUUGGUGCGUUGAAGGUGAAGGAUCUGAUUGGAGUUCAAUAUGGCUCCAAGGUGGAACUAUCGAAGGGGUGGGGCCACGUCAUACAGCCCACCCCCGAGUUGUGGACCUUGUGCCUCCCUCAUCGCACACAGAUUAUCUACUCACCAGACAUUAGCAUGAUCCUCUGUCAACUCGAUCUGAUCCCUGGAAAAGUUGUAGUCGAAGCUGGCACAGGCAGCGGUUCUCUAACACAUGCAUUCAUUCGUUGUGUGAAACCCAAGGGCUUUGUGUUCACUUUUGAUUUCCAUCCUCAACGGGCACAAUUUGCUCAAAAGGAAUUUGAGCUACAUGGUGUAGAUCAGUUUGUUUCAGUUAAGUGCCGCGAUGUUUUAACUUGUGGUUUUGGAGAGGAACUUAAUUCACAAGCUGAUGCUGUCUUUUUGGACUUACCUAAACCAUGGCUCGGAAUCUCUUGGGCAAAGCAUGCAAUCCGAUACGACAAAGAGGUCAUGACCUAAGGGAGAUAGCCGCCACA